UGUGCUGAUGCCGUUCUAUUUGUACGCUGCUCGUAAUUUUAAUAGUUAGUAUAGAGGACGAUCCAUAAAAAUAUGUCAAUGAUUGUUAUAAAAUAGUAAUUUAUUUUACUUACAAGCUCACAUCAUUCUGAUAUGUCAACAAUAUUGAAGUAUCCAAAAUCAGUUUGGUAUAUAAUCGGAAAUGAGUUUUGCGAAAGAUUCAGUUAUUAUGGACUUAAAGCUAUAUUGGUUUUAUUUUUUACAACGAUUCAAGAAUAUGACCAUGAUACUUCCACAAUUAUAUUCCAUAUGUUUUUAGUCUGUACCUACUUAUCACCAUUGUUUGGUGCUAUCAUUGCAGAUUCAUACUGGGGGAAAUAUAAAACCAUUUUUAUCUUGUCUAUUGUACAUGCAAUAGGAAAUAUCUUGGUGGCAGUUGCAUCUUUUAUCAUUUCAAUCAGUUUAAAUUUCCAGAGAUUAUUUACGAUAAUUGGUUUACUGUUAACAUCAAUUGGAGCUGGUGGUAUAAAACCAUGCGUCUCUUCUUUUGGCGGUGACCAAUUUGUAUUACCAGAUCAAGAGGAUCAUCUGCGAAAGUUCUUUUCUGUAUUUUACUUUACUAUCAAUGCGGGGGCCUUGUUAUCAACAUUUAUUACACCAGAACUACGGAAAUCAAUUCAGUGUUUUGGAAAAGAUUCAUGUUUUCCAUUAGCGUUUGGGGUUCCUGCUAUCUUAAUGUUGAUCUCAAUAGUGUUUUUUUUAAGUGGCAAGAACCUGUAUAAGACCAAUAAACCCGUAUCCAGUAUCGUCACAACUUCAAUUGGAUGCAUAUUUUACGCGUUAAAAAAAAAAAUCACAGCUUCUUCAAAUGAAGCAAAAAGAAAAGAUUGGUUGGAUUAUGCAGACAAUAAGUACAAUAUACAUGAAAUAUUUGAAUUGAGAGCAGCGUUAGACGUCAUGUAUUUAUUAAUUCCAAUACCAUUGUUAUAUACACUUUUUGAUCAACAAGGUUCUCGUUGGAUAUUGCAAGGAACUCUAAUGAAUGGAAAGAUAGAUGUUUUAAAUUGGUCAAUUAAGCCUGAUCAAGUACAUUUCAUUAAUCCGUUAUUCGUUUUGAUAUUCAUACCACUUUUUGAUGGUGUAGUCUAUCCAAUUUUAUAUAAAAUUGGUAUAAAUACACCUCUAAAAAAAGUCACUUUAGGUGGCCUAUUUACUGUAUCGUCGUUUGUAUGUGCUGCUGUUGUGCAGUAUAUAAUUAUUGGUCAGACCUUAAUACUGCCGUCAAAUGAAGGUCAAUUGAGAAUAAUCAAUAAUUUUGAUUGCGGUGUUACUAUAUCUGGUUCUUUGGUUGGAAAUUUCAGUAUUGAACCAUUAAAUGUACUUCACAUUAAUUAUAGUGUAGAAGAAUUCAAUAAAACUGAUAUUAUAUCUAUAGACGUAAAUCCUAUGUGCCAAUUAAAAACGGGUAUUUUGAAACAACGUGUUUUCAUCGUUAAAGAAAGGGUUUCAUCGUAUUUUUUAACUUCUAAAAAUAAUGAUGGUAUAGAAUUAACACAUUUAAACGAAUUAAAGAAAUUGAAGAGUGGAAAUUCAAAUCUCAGGAUUUCGUACAGUCAUAAUUUGUCGGGAAAAAGCAUUACAUUAAGGAAUACUAAUAAUAAAUUGUCUGAUAUAAAUUUUAAAUUGCCACUAAACAAAAACACAAACCAUGAAAUACCAGUUGGAACUUAUGAUGUAUAUCUAGAUGAUGAAAAUAUUUUGCAAAUGACAGAUUUACUACCGGCUAGUGUUAAUGACUUAAUAUUUCAUCAUAGUUUUAACCAAACGAACGCCAAAUUAAUUACUUUACAAAAUGGAAAAUAUAUACAUAUUCUAUGGCAAGUUCCUCAAACGCUUUUAAUUACAGUAGGCGAAGUUAUGGUCGUGAUAACAUUAUUGGAAUUUUCAUUCACCCAAGCGCCACUAAGUAUGAAGUCUUUUAUAUCGGCAGCUAAUUUAUGUACUCAAGCAGUUGGAAAUUUACUUAUAGUUGUUAUAUCCAAGAUGAAAUUGUUUGAAAAUCAAGUUCAUGAAUACAUAUUUUACGUAAUGUUAACAGUUUUAAGCUUAAUAUUAUUUAUGUUCAUGAGUGCAAAGUAUAAAUAUAAAUGUGUAACAAAUAAUCAAUCUAAAAAAUGAGCGAUAAUUUUUUUUAAUAUACUUACAAUUAUAUUUAGUUGCAACAACAUCAAAGAUCUAAAGUAUGUGUAAC